AUGCUGCUGAGCGGAGCGGCCGGCUCGGAGCGCGGCGGCUGCAGCGGCGGGGCGGGGGCCGGCGGGGCCCCGCAGUGCGUGGGCACCAUGGCCCGCUGGCUCCGCGAGCACCUGGGCUUCCGCAGCGCCCGGCCCGCGCCGCCCGCGCCGCCCAAGCCCGACUACCGCGCCGGGCCGCCGCCUCAGCCGCCCCUGCCGCCCGGGGGCGCGGCCGAGCCGCUGGCCGCCGCCCAGCCCGACAUCGUGGCGGCCUACCGGCUGCAGAAGGAGCGCGACUUCGAGGACCCCUACAGCGGCCCGCCGCCCGCCGCCGCCCCCGACGGGCCCCGCUACGUCUCGCCCAAGCACCGGCUCAUCAAGGUGGAGGCGGUGGAAAAGGUGCCCGCCAGCCCCUCGCCGCCGCCGCCGGUGCCGGCUGCCCCCAGCUCGCCCCCGGCUGGUCCCGAUGCGCCCGACGAGCCGCCGCAGGAGCUGGCUGUUCUGGAGGACUAUGCAGAUCCCUUUGAUGCAGCACAGGUGGCAGGCAGCCAGGCAGGGCUGGAGAAGGUGAUGGAGAAUGAUGGAUACAUGGAGCCCUAUGAAGCCCAGAAGAUGAUGGCUGAGAUCCGCCAGAAGGGCCUGCGGGAGGCUCCUGCACGGCCGCUGCCCCUCUAUGACACCCCCUACGAGCCUGUGCUGGACAUGGACAGCGACUGCUCGGCCUGCCCCAGGCCCAGGGAGUCCCGGCUGCCCGAGGAUGAUGAGAGGCCACCAGAGGAAUAUGACCAGCCCUGGGAGUGGAAGAAGGAGAGGAUCUCCAAAGCCUUUGCAGUUGAAAUCAAGGUCAUUAAAGACCUGCCAUGGCCCCCGCCGGUGGGACAGCUGGACAGCAGUGAGAGCCCCCCGGAUGGGGAGCCCGGGGCCCCCCUCCCUGCGCAGCACAGCUACGAAGACGCCAAUGGUCCCUCGGAGGGGCUGGGGUAUGGCCGCACCUCGCCCUGCAGGGAGGAGAAGGCCAGGGCUGUCCUCAGGCACGGCUCCAGCAGCCUCAAGAACACAAAGACACUGACAGCUGAGCCCGGCCCCUUUGUUGGGGAGAGGAUCGACCCUGCCCUGCCCCUGGAGAGCCAGUGCUGGUACCAUGGGGCCAUCAGCCGGACGGACGCGGAGACGCUGCUGCGGCUGUGCAAGGAGGCGAGUUACCUGGUGCGCAACAGCGAGACCAGCAAGAACGACUUCUCCCUGUCCCUCAAGAGCAGCCAGGGCUUCAUGCACAUGAAGCUGUCACGGACCCAGGAGAACAAGUACGUGCUGGGCCAGCACAGCCCGCCCUUCGACAGCGUGCCCGAGAUCAUCCACCACUACGCCAGCCGCAAGCUGCCCAUCAAGGGGGCCGAGCACAUGUCCCUGCUGUACCCGGUGGCCAUCCGUACCCUAUAGGGAUCACCCCACGAGCCAGGCUCCAGGCUGGCUGCACCCAAACUGGCCCAUCCCCAGGGCUGAGCGCUGCCGUGCCCAGGGUGGGCUCCAGGCCCGUGGGCGGCUCGUUGGGCACAGCCGCCGCCGUCGGGGAUUGCUGCAGCCGGGCCCCUCGUCCUGCUCGCCCAGGGGCUCUGGUUUUGUGCUGGCGUGGCACUGGAAGGACCCCCUGUGCCAGGAGCUGAGUGGGGCUGUCCACACCUCCACACCUGCCUCCUUGGCAGAGCUUGGCAUGCCAGGACUGGAGUGGGACCUUGGAGAGUCCAGGGAGGGGGGCAGUGUGUGCGAGGACGGGGAUGAAUCAUCCGGUAGCAGGCUUGAGGUACCUCUGUGAGGGUGCCUGGCUCUGCCCAUGGGAGACAAAUGGCUGUGCUGGAGGUGAGGAGGCUGGCAGGGGUGAGCAGGACCUGCCUGGGGCCAGUGAGGCAUGCAGAGUGCCAGGCAGGCUGCCCUCAGUGUCCCCUGCUCAGUGCUCACUGCCAUCCUGUGCCAAACGUGAACAGUGACCGGCCUUGGCCAUGUGUGCAGCACCACUGCCCAAUAAAGCGGUGCAUGGUUGUCUCCUG